AUGUCUGGUCGAGGAAAAGGCGGUAAGGGGCUUGGGAAAGGUGGUGCAAAACGUCACCGCAAAGUUUUGAGAGAUAACAUUCAAGGAAUCACAAAGCCAGCUAUUCGCCGUUUAGCGCGUCGUGGUGGUGUGAAACGUAUUUCUGGUCUGAUCUAUGAAGAGACGCGAGGUGUAUUAAAAGUGUUUCUUGAAAAUGUCAUUCGCGACGCUGUGACCUACACCGAGCACGCCAAGCGCAAGACUGUGACUGCUAUGGACGUAGUGUACGCUCUGAAGCGCCAAGGCCGUACGCUGUAUGGGUUUGGCGGUUAA